AUGCCAUCGCAUUAUUGUAGAAGUAAGACUGACAGAUUGUACCUUGAAGGACCGUUCUACUGCAAGCAAGAAAUUAUGGAUGCUUACAAAUUAAAAUGUGUUGAAGAUAGUUUGGUUCCAUUAAGCAACAGUUAUUUAUCAAACUUCAUGAUUGAAAAUAAACUCUCAAUUUAUCUCCCACGAAAAGAUAAAUGUGAUUUUUGUACCUCAUUUAAUAUUGGCGAAGUAAACGAAAAUGAUUAUGCUGAACACAUUGCCCAUAAAGUUAGGGCAAGAGAAGAAAAAGAAAAGGAUACAAAACUGGCCAAAGAAAAAAAAUCUUGUACUGUACUUACAAUUGAUUGUCAGGCAGUAAAACUUUGUCCUGUACUGCAAACAAGUGCAUUGUACUAUUCAAUGAAACUAACAGUUCAUAAUAUGACAAUUUAUAAUAAUGCAACUGCAGAUUGUCAAAAUUACUGGUGGCACGAAGGUAAUGGUGAACUAGAGGCUUCAGUUUUUGUAUCUAUAGUUAUAAAACACUUGGAAAAAUAUUGUUUGAAUGAAAAAAUACCCAUAAUCAUAUACUCUGAUGGGUGUGGAUAUCAAAAUCGAAAUGUGAUUAUGGCAAAUGCAUUAUUACAUUUUGCAGAUAAACAUCAAGUAACUAUUGAGCAAAAGUAUCUUGUUAAAGGGCAUACCCAAAUGCAGUGUGACAGUGUUCACAGCCUUAUCGAGAGAAAACUUAAAGGACAGGACAUACACUUGCCUUCAGAUUACAUUAGAAUAACCAAAGCAGCAAGAAAAACUCCUUCACAACUAGGAGCUACAUUCAGUGGCGUGUCCAGUGGGUAG